AGUUUAUCGAGAAGUAUUCUAAAUUUAUGUAUAUGUCAUAAAUGUCAUUGAUUACAUUAUUGAAACUGGACAGCUAAAAUAGGGAUAAUAUGUUCGUAAACAUAUAUUUUUUUAAAAAGUGUUUAUUGUGGAAUACUUGUAUUAAUAUAACAAGCUACAGCAAAAAUUAAAACAAACCGACAAAAUGAGCUUGACGCUAUCUGUCUUACGGCAAAUUCAUUUUUACAGGAAUUAGUUUAUGUAUCAAGAACUAUAAAUUAAAGGAUAGAACCAUUUAGAAUUGUGAAUAUUUUAAUUGACUAAUACACGAAAGACUUAGAUUAUUCGUAUUUAAUAAAAGGGGGUCCAAACGUAUUUUUUGUACAAUCAUCUUCUUAACUUACGGAAAUGGCUUUUUAACUGUCUGUAAAUAUUAAAAUUGAAAAUGACCCAGCCUUGUUCUCCAAUUUCAUAUGUGAUAGCUGUCGGUACUAUUAAGAUCGAACUAACCAGAAAUAGGAAAAUUGGACUAAAAUUAAAAUUGAACGAAUGACUCUAUUCGGCAGUGUACAUCAACGGAAUGUAACGAAUGGAGUAUUCGGGUUACUUCGCACGUAUAUACGACAAAAUUACUUCCAUGGCUAGAUUAAGUAAGAAUAUUUUUCGAAUUCUGAUGUAUUUUUAAUUUCAAUAAUGAUUGAUUAAUGAAAGUUUAAUAUCUAGUGGAAAAUAUGACAUUAUUGAUUCAUUAUAUAUAUAUAAAACACCAAAAAUUUCUAGGUUUUGAUAUUCCUGAAGAAGAAGAGUUAUGAUGUAAUUUUAUCCAAUAUAGACUGAUCAUUAUAUCCAAUAUAGACCGAUCAUUAUAUCCAAUAUAGACUGAUUAUUAUAUCUAAUAUAGACUGAUCAUUAUAUCCAAUAUAGACUGAUUAUUAUAUCUAAUAUAGACUGAUCAUUAUAUCUAAUAUAGACUGAUCAGAUCAUUAUAUCUUAUAUAGACUGAUCAUUAUAUCCAAUAUAGACUGAUUAUUAUAUCUAAUAUAGACUGAUCAUUAUAUCUAAUAUAGACUGAUCAUUAUAUCCAAUAUAGACUGAUCAUAAUAUCCAAUAUAGACUGAUUAUUAUAUCCAAUAUAGACUGAUCAUUACAUCCAAUAUAGACUGAUCAUUAUAUCCAAUAUAGACUGAUCAUUAUAUCCAAUAUAGACUGAUCAUUAUAUCUAAUAUAGACUGAUCAUUUUAAUGUUUUAAAGUACAGAAUCUAUCACAAAAUCUUGCUCUGCAAUUCUAGUAUUCAUUACAUAUUUUUUUGGUAAUUUUUAAAAUAAAAAUGUUGUAUAACUUCGAGUAUAAACAUUCAGUGUUGAUCAUGGGACAAUAGAAAUUGAUAAAGCAUUUGAUUGACUUGGAUCAGAAGGCGGCUUGAUGUUUGUCUCAAGGGAAAUUAAAUGAAGACUCACAACUGUGAAGGAAAUAAGAAUAUUGUUAACAAUGAUCUAGUUAUGUGCCUUACGGGAAUUGCUGUCUUUUCUUUCAUCUCACCAGAACGUAUUUCAUAAAACAAGUGUUUUUUUUCCAGAUGUUGUUGAUCUGACCACUUCCACACUUUUGAAAUGUACCAUGAUACAUUUUCUUCAAAACAGUAAUAGGAUCAGGAAAAAAAGUCUAACUUACAAAUUACAGCUCAAUCCUGUCUCAGGUUGGAGGGUGGAUCAGUGUGAAAAGGGGAUAAUAAUACAAAAGAUUAUAUUCUAAAUAGAAUUGGUAUGUCGAGGAACCAAAAUGGGCAUGAGUGUUAGUGGAAGCUCUAAAGAUCACUAUGAAUUGUAUAAGCGUAGAUACACAAACUGUACAUAUGUAGAUGGAAAUUUGGAAAUUACAUAUUUAGAUAAUAAUGGGGAGGGUUCAGAACAAGAUUGGAAUUUGACUUUCUUGGAAUCCAUUGAAGAAGUUAGUGGAUACGUUUUGAUUUAUUCUGUUUUUACUCAAGAGUUGCAUUUGAAGAACUUGCGUCUCAUAAGAGGAAGUCAGUUGUUCUCAUUCAAGGGAGAGAAGUUAUAUAGCUUAGUUUUAGCAAGUAAUAGUAAACCAGGAUCUACAACGAAAGGAUUGAUGCACCUUGGAUUUAAAAGUUUACAAGAAAUAAUGAAUGGAAUUGUUUAUUUUUACAACAAUAAUUUGUUGUGUUAUGAAAAUACAAUCCAUUGGGCAGACAUUAAUCCCAGUGUAACACCACAUGCUAAAUACAGCUUUAAUAAUACUUAUCACAAAAGGGCAUGUGGUGAAUGUCAUCCAGCUUGUUAUAAUGAGAAGACAGAAACCAAACAAUGUUGGGGAGAAGGUCCAGAUAUGUGUCAAACAUUGAACCAUGCAACAGUUUGUAGCCAGACAUGUGAAGAUAGAUGUUUCGGCAGUGACCCAAACCAGUGUUGCCAUCCUGAAUGUGCUGCUGGGUGUCAUGGACCAAAGAAAACAGAUUGUUAUGCAUGCAAGCAUUACUCUAAUGAUGGAGAAUGUGUCAGUCGUUGUCCACCACAUCAGGUUUAUAAUCCAUACAAACUUGAAAUGGAAGAAAAUCCAGCAGGAAAAUUUGCAUAUGGUGCACUUUGUCAAAAAGACUGUCCCAAACAUUUGUUGAAAGAUAAAGAACAAAAUGUUUGUGUAAAAACCUGCCGAACCAGGUUCCAUGAUGUAAAUGGUACAUGUGUGGAAUGUAAUGGACCCUGUCCUAAAGCAUGUACAGGUCAAAGUGGUGGGGAAUACAUCACAGCCAGCAACAUCAAUCAGUUUGAGAAUUGUACAAUUAUAAAUGGAAAUCUCAAAAUUGUAGAAGCUUCAUUUACAGGAGAUAUCCAAUAUAAGAUACCAGGGGUUACAGUUGCUGAUUUACAAAUUCUUAAGAGCAUCAAGGAAGUAACAGGAUAUAUAAUGAUACAGUCAAACGACACAAACUUCAGAAACUUAUCUUUUCUUUCAAACUUGGAGGUUAUCCAUGGAAGAGAGGUUGAUGCAACACAAAGUUCCCUGAAUGUCAUGUUUACGCCACUCAAGACGCUAGACUUAACAUCAUUAAAGCAGAUAAAAAACGGCCAUGUUACUGUAGCAUUUAAUCAUCAUUUAUGUUACAUUUCUGAUAUCAAUUUUACACCUAUGUUUGUUCACAAAGAUUUACAGAUGGUCAGAAAAAUGAACAAUAAGAAGUCAGAAUUGUGUAAAGAUGAAGGUGAAGUUUGUGAUCAAAGUUGUUCAGAUGAUGGAUGUUGGUUCAAGGGACCAGAUAAAUGUUUACAGUGCAGAAAGUUCAAGAUAGACAACAGUAGUAAUAUCUGUAUCAAUGAUUGUUCACAACUGCCAUGGUUGUAUGAAGUAGGAAAUUUGUGUAAAUUUUGUGAUGUGGAGUGUGAGUCUACAUGCUCAGGUCUUGGACCAGAGAAUUGUCAUAAGUGUAAACAUAAUGCUGUGACUAGACAAUAUAAAGAUGGCAAAAUGAUAAAAAAAUGUAUAAAGGAAUGUCCGGAAAUGUUUUAUCCUGACCAAGAUAAGAUAUGUCAGGAAUGUCACAAUUACUGUGAUGAUGGUUGUACUGGUCCUUCUCAGACUGUUAUGGAUGGUGGAUGUAAUAGUUGUAACAUUGGUAUUGAACAGACGAAUCAACGUGGAGACACUAUUAUUACUUGUAUGGAUCCAAAUGAAGAAUCUUGUCCAGUAGGGUUCUACAGACAUACAGUGUCUCAGGCACAUACAGAUAAUCCAUUAGCUGGGAAAACAGUAUGUAAAAGAUGCCAUGAAUUGUGUACAGACUGUACUGGCUCUGGUUCAGCCCACUGCAUUACAUGUAAAUAUCUGAAGCAGUUCGACUACUGUGUAGACAAAUGUUAUCCUAUCUUCUAUCCAGACCCAAACAACAUCUGUCAAGGAUGCCACGAACAGUGUAGAGACAGCUGCUUUGGACCAACAGCUGCUGAUUGUAAUUCUUGUAAAAACUUCAAAGUGUACUGGGAUGACACUGAUAAUCCAAACAGAUUUAAUUGUACAGAAAAAUGUCCAGAUGAUAAAAGCCACCAUGUGGAAUCAGAAGAUACUAAUGAUGAAGGAUUGAUAGUAUGUGCUGGUGCUUCUCAUCCAAGGGUUCAGGCUAGAUUAAAUGCAGACAGAGAUGCUGAGAAGAAGAAGAUAUUGGCUAUAGCAGUACCUACAGUAGGUGGGAUAUUACUGGUUGCUGUCCUGUUGGUCCUUUUUGCCUAUUACUGGAAACAGAGAGCCAAAUCUCAGGAGAAGACAGCUAUUUUGACUGCAAGAAUGACAGGAUAUGAGGAUGAGCCUAUCACACCCACAGAUGCUAAACCAGAUAUGUCAAGUUUAAGGUUAAUUAAGGAAUCAGAGUUACGAAGAGGAGGUAUUAUUGGAUCUGGUGCAUUUGGUACAGUAUAUAAGGGAUUCUGGAUACCUGACAAUGAAAAUGUAAAGAUACCAGUAGCCAUUAAAGUACUACAGGAAGGAACCUCACCCAAUCUGAAUAAAGAGUUAUUAGAAGAGGCUAGAGUGAUGUCCAGUGUGGACAAUGUCUGUUGUAUCAGGAUUCUGGCUGUCUGUAUGACUGCACAAAUGAUGUUAAUUACUCAGUUAAUGCCACUUGGCUGUUUACUCGACUAUGUUAGGAAACACAAAGAGAAUGUGGGUUCUAAAGUUCUGUUGAAUUGGGCUACACAAAUAGCUAGGGGUAUGGCAUAUUUAGAAGAACGUGGAAUUGUUCACAGAGAUUUGGCAGCCAGAAAUGUACUAGUUCAAAGUCCAGGUCAAAUAAAAAUAACAGAUUUUGGUCUGGCUAAACUUCUGGAUUAUAAUGAGGAUGAAUAUGUAGCUGGUGGAGGAAAGAUGCCCAUCAAAUGGUUAGCACUAGAAUGUAUUCAACACAGAGUGUUUACACAUAAAAGUGAUGUCUGGAGUUAUGGAGUGACGAUCUGGGAAUUAUUUACAUAUGGACAGAAACCAUAUGAACAUGUGAGAGCUCGAAAUGUACCAGAAAUCCUAGAGAAGGGAGAAAGACUUCCACAGCCAAAUAUCUGUACUAUUGAUGUCUAUAUGAUUAUGAUUAAAUGUUGGAUGUUGGAUGCUGAAAGUCGACCAAGUUUUAUAGAACUCGCAGAUGAGUUCGCCAAAAUGGCCAGAGAUCCUGGUAGAUACCUUGUUAUACAGGGAGAUGUCAACAAGAAAAUCCCAGAUGAACCUGAAAAAAAUGCACCUUUACUUGCUUUUACUAAUGAAAUAGAUUCGGGUGUUGAAGCUGAUCAGACAGAGGGAGACAAAUUGAUGAGAUUACCAAGUCAUUCAUAUGACAAAAAUGACCUAGCCAGAAGUUUAAGUGUUGCAGCAGAUGGACCAGAAGAACUCAUGGAAGCAGAUGAUUACUUACAACCACAGUCACAUGAAGCUGAGGCUCCAGUCUCUCCCAUAUCAGCCAAGGCACCAUUACUUGAGUUACCAGAGGGAACAAAAAUGUUUGAUAAUAAAAACAGACACCAUGCUGGACCUCCAUUUCGGGAAAAACGUUAUGCUCAUCUUGAUUCUGCCCUAAAUGCCAGACAUCAAAGAGAAAUGUCACCACGAGGAAGAGGUGAUAGUAUCAAUAGUAGAUACAGUUCUGACCCUGUUCAAGUUUUACAAGAAAAUGAGGAUACUGAACAGAUACUGACCCCACAGAGAAAGUACCCCAUCAAAUUAUUAGGACAGUAUGAACGUCACAAAAAUGGUGAUGUCAAAAUACAACUUCCUGUUGAUGAAGAUGAUUACCUACAACCUAAGUCAAGUCAUCCACGGAAGUAUAUGGACCUUCUUGAGGACCCAGAUUACAUAAAUGAGAAUAAGCCUGUGUUUGAUGAUGAAGAUGAUACACCGUAUAUGAAGCCUGAUCCUGUGCUACAAUUUCAUAAUCCUGAAUAUUUUGACAGUCCAGUUCAUACAAAUGCUCAAUUGCCACGGAAAUCUAACUCAUCAGAUUAUUACAAUGACAUGAAAGUGAAUGGUACAGAACUGAAGCCUUUAAUGAUUGUAGAGGAUAACUCGGAAACAACUGUGUAGUCAUGUGUGUUGUCAGUGUUAUCUCCCUUUCACAAAGUUUAUCACUCUUACGAAAGUUAGGGAGUUUUAACAUGUUGGUUCACUACCAACUGUUUAUUACAAAAGGGAGAUAACUUUAUACAUGUUAUAGCCCAUACUGCCAAAUACAAACAGUGAUUACUAACUUGGUUGUGAUAACCAUGGAUUAAUUAGCCAACCAGGAGUUAUGAUAUGGUUGUGUUAAACAGCUUUGUUAAGCCAAGGCAAUAGUGGUCAGGGAAAUGUUUGGACAGUUAAUACUGCCAAGAAGAUAUGUGAUAUAUAGUAAAUAUACAGUCAUUUUAUACACAAGAAACACAAGAAUAUAACCUUUUGUUUGAGAUUAUUCACUGAACAGGUUGUGAUAAUAUCUACAAUGAGCAGGGACCACAGUACAAGUGUACAACAUGAGUCUUUUGACUUUAUAUACAAGGCUGGUGAUAGAUCUGUGCAUGCAGCUUAGAUAUAUAUGUUGUUAUUGUUACAAAACAUUGUACUAUUUAAAAUGGAAAUUAUUUGUUAAAACAAUGUGUUCUAGCUGAUGUAAAAUAUUAUAAUUUAGUUAUCAUUUAAAUGAACAUAAAUAAAACAUAAAUUCUCAUUAAAACAACCUUUUUGAAGGAAAUAAACAAAAGAUAACAAAGAUAUUACAUGAAUACAAUAUACAUUUUUUGUGUAGCAUAUUAUGGUCUGAAAUUAUCUUAUUAUAAAAUUGCGAACAAAUAUAUGUAUCAAUUUUAUGAUGAAUUUGAUUGUGUUCAGAAAGUAUAAUACUAUUACAUGUAAACACAAUGAAUACUACACUGGUGAUAAAUACAUGUUGUUAUGUCCAAUUGUAUACUGUAAGCUCUCUAUUGUGUUAACAAACAGUGAAUAAUAUUUCCAUUUUACUGCAACCAUGUUAAUGACAAGAAAAUUAAGACAGUUGGAUGUGGAGACUUGUUUUCACAUUUCAAAAUUAAGGAAAAUCAUAACAAACCAUCCACCAAUAUUUUUAUACUUGCCACCUAAAACAUGUUAUAUCAAAUAUUUCUUCAGGUUAUAGAUUACAAUUUCCUCCAUUUCUUUAUACAUACUGAAUCAAAAAUGUGUCCAUUAAAUAAUUGUUUAUCUUAGAUCUUUAUGUAAAUGCAAUGAAAUUUUACCUUGUGAUAUUUAUGUUAAGUGUGAAUGAGAGUACAGAUUAAUCUUAUUUGAAUAACAUAUAUCUGACAUAAAUUCUAAAUGAAUUUAAUUUUUCAGGAUUGAUAUAUAAAUACUGAAAGUAUCAAUUUAAAUAUAUGUAUAUAUGAUCACCCUAUGUGAGCAUUCAUUGUUAGGAACAAGUUGUUAAAAUGAACAAAGCUGUUCUUGAAAUACCGAGACUAUAAAGUACUGAUAUGAAAUGUCAAAAGCGACAAAACAACUGUUACUGUCUAAUGCUAAAAUCUACAGAAACUUGGUUGCUACAUGUUUUUGUUAAGCUUAUAAUUUACCUGAAGAAGUAAUGAAGAUUUAGGUUGCUACCAUUAAAUUAUCUUUUAUAUUUCAAUUUCCACAAAAGAGUCCAUUUAAGAUUUGAAACAAAAAUAAAUAAAGGUGUUGUAGGUAAAAAAUUAUAUCAAAAAUUAAAAUAAAAAAAAACACAAAAGUACAUCCUGGUUUAUAUUACUCUGCAAGUGUUUGUGUAAUAUUACUCUGCAAGUGUUUGUGUAAUAUUACUCUGCAAGUGUUUGUGUAUUAUUACUCUGCAAGUGUUUGUGUAAUAUUACUCUGCAAGUGUUUGUGUAUUAUUACUCUGCAAGUGUUUGUGUAAUAUUACUCUGCAAGUGUUUGUGUAUUAUUACUCUGCAAGUGUUUGUGUAAUAUUACUCUGCAAGUGUUUGUGUAUUAUUACUCUGCAAGUGUUUGUGUAAUAUUACUCUGCAAGUGUUUGUGUAAUAUUACUCUGCAAGUGUUUGUGUAAUAUUACUCUGCAAGUGUUUGUGUAAUAUUGAUUCUGACAGUUAAUUGUUUUACUAAUGAAGCAUUGUUGAGUUUACCAAAUAUUAAUUGUUGAUAUUUCAGUUAUUUAUUCUAUCUGUUAUGUAAGAAAUGUGAAACAUUAUAACCUCAUGGAGUAUAAAACAUGAUUGUUGGCAUUGUUACUAUUUUAAGACUAAAUCAAGUUCCAUUUUGCAUUUUAAAUCAGAGGUUACUUCUGGUUUGAACCGUACAUUGUUAUAUUUGGUAGUGUUAUAAGACCAAUGUGCCUCUUAGAGAUUAUUUUUGUUUAUUGUUAAAGAAAUCCAUCACAUAUUUGUUAGUAUGUCUCAGUGUUGUAUUCCCUGCAUCAUUUCUACAAAUACUAUAUCACUGUCUUAAUUUCUACAAAUACUAUAUCACUGUCUUAAUUUAACAGAGAAAUAUUGUAAAAACAAUUUCUUAAGGUUCAAUCCAUUAAGCUCUGAAUAGAAUGAUAAAAAGGAUGCUAAAGAGUUAUGUUGUUGAUGUUCCGUUUCAUCAUGACUCCUACUUAAUAAAGUCAGAUGAUAUCCUAGAAAACCAUCAACAAAAUUUAUAAAUUCAACUUCAUAUAGACUUAAUUCUCUUAUGAAAUUCAAUUUCAAAGAAGACCAGACACAACAGAGAUUUAGUGUGAUUUCUUGGGGGAGUUAUACCAGUAUUUAGUAUACAAUAAAAGUAAUAUAUUCAAUGACAAGUGUUCAUUAGUAACAUUUUAGAAAUCCAAUCAUAAUGUUAUAUGUAUCUGUGCUAUGCAAUAUAAUGAUAGUAAAUGGCUUAUACAAAUGUUUCAUGUACAUUUACAUGCCAAUGUUUUUUUAGUAACAAUUAUUUCUUCAUUGUGACAAAUCAUUUUAUACAUCAUGUUUCAGGAAAAUAUAGCCAAACUAAUGUGCUUAUUGUGAUAGUUAUUCUGUUCCCUAAAACAGAUGGAUAUGCCAUUAAAUUAUAGUCGAUCAAACCUUAUUAAUUUUAAUUCAAUAAUGCAUUGCACAAAACCAAGGCUGGAAUAAAUUUUUUUAGGGGGUUUAUUUCCCCAUCUGUUUCUGAAAAAAGGACAAAAGUUAUCCAAAGCAGUUUAUCACCAAUUUUGAUGUGCAACUUUUUAAUUUGUAUUCCAGUUUUAAGCAUAUUUUCUUUACACUUUCUUAUGAAGGAAAAAAGGUCUAAAAAUUGACACUUUUAUAUCUAUUAAUAAAUUUUUAUUUUUCCUUCAAUUUGGAUAACAUUUGUCCAUUGACUUCUUAUUUACUAGAAUAUUUGAUACUAUUAAACAUAUUUUGCAUAGAUAAGGUCAUUAUUGAGUUUAAAGAAUCCCUAUUGGGAUUGCCCUAAAAAAAAUUAUCUUUUUGAUAUCGAGUCAUAUUUUUAUUUGUUUUCAAAGUUACAAGCAGCAAAGAUUAGCAUUUAGAUUUCUUUUUGAAAUUUUAUAUUUAUCUUUAAUGAAACUCUAGGGUUCUUACCAUUACGUAAAUUCAGCUGAUUUUAACCAUACUCUAGUGACAAGUACUUAAUGUCCUUCAGCUUACUUGUGCCAAAAGACCAGUAACUUUUAGUAGUUGCAUCACUAAUGUGAACUAGUGAACUUUACUGUGACCUAAAGAAUCCCAUCUUUUACACUCAGGAAUAUUAAAAAAGAACAUUAACAUGCAGCAAGAUGUUGUAUUCUUGCCAUUCAAAAGGUUAUCUUCUUAUUUUUAGCUAAGUAAUUAUUAUUGUUAAGCCAAUCAAAACGUCUUGUAACAUUGUCUCUGUGAGUCUGCUUAAUUGUAGUAUAAUUAUCUUACUUGAAAAUAGUAAAACUUUCCAUUUGAUUUAAGCAUGAUUUCACAAAGCAACUAAUGUAAUUAUUGUGAGAAACACAACAAUCAGAUGCUUCAACUACUAGUAAUGUAAUUAUUGUGUCAGAAACACAACAAUCAGAUGCUUCAACUACUAGUAAUGUAAUUAUUGUGAGAAGCACAACAAUCUGAUGCUUCAACUACUAGUAAUGUAAUUAUUGUGUCAGAAACACAACAAUCUGAUGCUUCAACUACUAGUAAUGUAAUUAUUGUGAGAAGCACAACAAUCUGAUGCUUCAACUACUAGUUAUGUAAUUAUUGUGUCAGAAACAAGGAUACUUGAGUAGUCAAUAAUUUGAAAUCUUACAUGGAGUCAACUGUCAACUUUGGUUUUUUUUUAACUUCAUUUAAUAGUUUGCAUGAAAUAACUGUCUUCUGGUGUGUGUAUCUUAGUGGAUGUUAUCUUAUUUAUUUUGUACGAUCUCAGACUUAAUCAACAAAGUUGAUACAAUAAAUGUAAUACUAACAAUUGUAAGUCAGUGGACAUAAAUAUAGUUGUAUUCUGAAACAUUUCUUUGUUUCUUUUUUCUUCUUCUUCUCUCUACUUUCUUCUCCCUAAAUAGCAUAGAUAAUGAUGGAUUGAUCCUGACUGGUGUCAUGAGGUAAAGAUAGGAAGAUGUACCAGGUAAUGAGGACAAGUGUGAAGAAAAGUAUAUGUAUUAUCAAGUCACCUUUCUAAGCUGUCUGCUCCUGUAGCAUGUCAAAUUACUCAGCCAAUAUUAUAUUUAUCCCAUCAUAUUUUUCCUUAAGAAUAAGAACAUCACAAAAAUUCGAACUUCAUAAUAGCAUUUUUUUGUGUGUUUUGUCCAUUGUUGGCAGUAUUUGGUAGUACCACAUUUUUUCAUAUCUUUAAUAACAAAAUCUAUGAAAAUUUCAUACUUAGUUUUGAAACUUUUGUUUCUUGAAUUUUUUCUUUUGAAUUUAAAUGCUAUUACCUAAGAUAUCCUGUCUUACUAUAUAUUUAUGUCCAUUGGCUAAUAGAUAAACAUCUUUUAACUAAUAUUAUAUGAGCAUUUUCUCUUUAAUGGUGCCAUCUUUUUCUAUGUUCAAAGUUCUAGUCUUCCUACAUAUAAUGUACAUUUGUAAAUAAUGAGUUUCCCCCUUCAUUUCAUCACCAGACUAUAAUGAUUGCCUGGCAUUAUACUGAAAAAAAGAAUUCUCUUUUAAAAGGUAAAAAAUAACAUCAACAACAUUUACUUUAAUAUGCAAAAUAUAAAUAUUAACCUUAAAUUCAUAAUAUGUUUGUUUUUACACAAUCAAAGAGACAAAUAAUGUUAACAGAUGUAUCAGUUACUGACUCAAGUUUUAUCAUGUAGCCAUGCAAGUUAAAACUACAAUAGAUUCACAAACACAUCAUUUUGUUGUCGAGCCAUCAGAAACAAAGAUAAACUUUUACUUGAAGAAUUUUAUUUUUCAUAUUUGAUUGGAAGUCAUACAACUUAUGAUUGUCCAUUAGAUCAUGAGAAUGACCCAGGGAAGGCACUUCUGAAAGAUAAUAACCCAUAUGAGCAGUUUUAGAUUCCAGCUUUGUGGUUAUACUUAGAGUGAGUUUUCAUACAACAAACAAGAUCAUUAAUUUGACUCCAAAUCAAUGUUUUACUGAAAAUGUCUUUAGACAAUUGUAAUAAAUUAUAAGCACUUGUUGUAAUAAGCAUGAAUAAGUUUACAAUUAUAACAUUCUUUGUUUAUUGUAUUGAAAAUGUUUCCCUAAAAUUAAAAAUGAGACCCUGUUUUUAUUCACCUUAUAUUUACUGUUUUUCAUCCUAAUUUCUUGUUUUAUAGGGAAACAACAUUUAAUGCCAUCCGAACAUUUAUUUUUGACCUAAAAUAAACGAUAUUAAGUGAGGUUAGGCUGGCUAUGAAGAAUGCCUAUCCAAUUAUUGCCAAUUGGAUUCCCCCAAAAAGGUUUUCCUUAAAUCAAUUUUUCUCAAGUUGAUGUUACAAGUUCUUUAAUGUAUGUAGGAAAGGCUCUUCCACCCUAAGACUGGCUGUGUAUGAAAAACCUCUGUCCAACAUUUGAAGCAUGACAAAUUGUUUUUAAGAUGAACUUUUUUUUUCUGUGUGGGGUUCUGAGACUGAAAUUUAAUGGACUAAUGGCUGCACUUGACAUAUAGAUGAUGUUAUGAGUUAAAUAUGCUAAAUGUCUGGUUUCCAGUUUUAUUGGAUAAUACCUCCUACACCAACCAGUUUAUGCUAGUGAAAGGAAACCUGUGCCAAUAUUUUUUUCUAAUGCAAUUGCAAUUUAAAAAAAAAGGGUUUCAGCUGCCAUUAGCAUUGGUUGUAAUAGAGGCUCUAGCUUUACAUAUUCUUUCUGGUGAAAAAAGAGAUGAGGUUGGUGCAUGACAGAAAUUGUAUUGUUCAAGCCAUAUCAUAUUAUUGUCAAAUUUAUUCCUUUACAUAUCUGACUUUUUUUCCUUCAAUAAAGUAUGUUGAUAGUAAGUCAAGAAAUUGUUAUCAUGAUGUUAGGAUUAUUAAUAAAGUGUUAUUUACAGAAAACUUAACAUUUGAAAUAUGACAAAUUUUUAGCUUUAUCAUACCUUUUAUAUUUACAAUGUUUUAUGCCAAAUUUCAUUUUUACCCACCUAACAAACUUUACAUCAUUAUUGUAAUAUUGCAUUUUUCACAAAUUUUUAUGUUUAAAUCUUGUUGUUUUAGUGCUUAGCAUGCAAUCUUUGUUUUAUCUGUUUAUACAAAAUGCUUCUACAGAUUUUAAUGGAUGUAAAGUACUUCAUGAAAUAAUUAUGAAUAAAAUUUAUGAAAAAAAUA